UUGAUUAUGUGAGCCUGUGGCAGUCCGUCACUGGUACCCCUCACUGCAGCACUGUGAGUCCAGCCUCCUUCCACCAGGACUGAUGCCUCUGGUGGCUUUUUGAUGAGGAGGACGUGACGGGACAGUGGGACAGCAACGUUGGCCUAUGCGGGAAGACUUCUCACCCAAAGGAGAGAAUUUACACAACAUUUUACUUUAAAUAACUUUGAAUUUGGAUUUAUUCUAUAACUACCACCAGCACCUCUAAAGAAACCCAGUUCUCCGUUUAUCUCAACACGUACAGAGCCUUUAACCGCAGAUUUUUUUUAAGCAACCAUGUCCAGGGCAAAGGUGAGAGGCCUGACCCGCACAGGCCGCCAGGUCAGCGAGGACCCAGACUUGGACACCUUGCUGUCCACCCUCUCCCCUGAGGAAGUGGAGGAGCUGCAGCAGGACAUGAUGAAGGUGCCUGACGUCAAACCAGAGGAUGGGAAGGUCGUUGACCAAGGGGAGACUCAGCCAAGGAGCAGCAAUGUCUUGGAUGCUAAGCUGGACAGCAGACGGGAGAGUGACACUAAAGGAAGGCUCAGUCAGAGGGAGCAGUCAUUUGAGGGCGAGGCAAAGAAGGAGAGCCGGAAGCAAGAAUACCUGAGAAAGAUGGGCCUGAGCCAGGAGGGGAACGAUGACAUCGAUGUAGGACUACAAAGACAAGCUAGUGUCUCAAGUGAGAGAGAUGCUAAGGUGGACGAAAGAAAUGGUAAAGCUCCUGAAAAUCCAAAGGACGAGCAAAGACGGUUUUCAAGUAGAUACCGGAGGCAGGAGGGCAAAGACAAUGAUGUGAAAGAGAUUCACGACAAAGACAAAUGCGAAGACAAUUGUCUAAGAGACAAAAGAGAGAGCAGAGAGAGCAGAGAGAGCACAGGUAGCAAAACAAAGGACAUGAUCUCCAAGUUACAGGAAAAGAAGGAAGAUGGUAGAGAGAAGGAAAGGAGAGAAGACUGCAGGAGGAGAGAUGAAAGUAAAACUAAAGACAUUAUCUCAAGGCUACGAGAAAAAAGUGAGAAGGAUGUGGGCAAGGAAAAGGAAAGAAAGUCAGAGAGUAUCAGGACAUCAGGACGUGUCUCCAAAAUGCUGGAGAAGCAGAGCAAGGCACAAGAAAGCCAGGAGAGCAAAUGUGAGGAAAAGAAGCCAAAAGCAGAGGAGAAGAAAGUUGAAGAUAAAACCAAAACUGAUGUCAAACUUGAGCGACAACUGUCUGAGAAGGGUGAGGUACAGGUGAAACAUGACAAGGCAGAAAAAAGAACAGAUCGAGAGGAGUUGGUUAACCACAGCAAUCACGUGAAAGAGAAGGAGAAGAUUAACACAGAGAGGAAAGCAGAGGAGAAAAGGGAAAGAGAUGAUGAUAGAGAGAAUGUUAAAAAAGCAGCCGAAACUGAGAAGAUGGGCAAUUGUGUUACCAAAAACACCCCCAAAAAAAAGGUGAAGGAGGAAGAGGCAGAGGAUGAGGAGUCAAGCAUGUUCGAUGAGCUAAUGGAUCAGGUACGAAGCAAUGACCCCUCCCUCACUGAGCUCAAUGUCAACAACUCCGAGGUCAUCAAGACGAAAACGCUCAUCGAGUUUGCCGAGGCUUUGCAAAACAACAGCCAUGUCAAAACCUUUUCUUUGGCUAACUGUCGCGCAGACGAUCACGUGGCUUACGCGGUCGCCGGCACGAUACGCAGCAACAAGACGAUCACCAGCAUCAACAUCGACUCCAAUCAUCUCACGGGCAAGGGCAUCCUGUCCCUAAUCCAGGCUCUACAACGCAACUCCACAGUGACUGAGCUUCGAUUCCAAAACCAGCGGCACGUCUGCGGUGGCAAGACAGAGAUGGAGAUGACCAAAAUCCUGAAAGACAACACCACCUUACUCAAACUGGGCUAUCACUUUGAGUUAGCAGGGCCAAGAAUGACCACCACAAACAUACUGAGUCGCAACAUGGACCGGCAGAGACAGAAGCGCCUACAGGAACAGAAGCAGGCCCAGGCUAAUGGAGAGAAGAAGGGAUCACUGGAUGUGCCCAAGACUGGAGGUGGAGGAUCCCUGAGAAAUUCACCCAAAGCUUCCCCAAAACCAUCUCCCAUGCCCUCUCCCGUGCCUUCACCAAAGCUGACACCCAGAAGAAGAACUGGAGGUCCGGCUCCACCACCACCUCCGCCUCCUCCUGGCGGUGGUCCUCCACCUCCUCCUCCUCCUAUGAUGGAUGGAGAUGCCCUGAAGAACACUCUCAGUCCAGGUCGUAGUAAAAACUCACGGGACCAAUUGCUUGCCUCGAUCAGAGGAAGCAAUGUUAAACAACUCAACAAGGUGCCGGUGCCAAAGUGGUUGCAGUAAUGUUUCCUGCUGGAAUAUAAAGUGAAAAAUGAAAAGAGGGAGAACUGACAUGAAGGAUUUCAUGAAGAUGACCUCUACAUAACCCGAGCUAUAGUGAAGGGCUGUGCUGGGGGGUGGAUGGAGAAAGUGACACACGAUGUUGAUUGGUCGGACGAAAAGCCCUCACUAUGAGUUCUCCCCUCACACACUGGACCAAAAGGACGCUGUGGAGAAUGAGUGAUGCGGGGCUCUCUAUUUGCUGACGAGAGAGCGCCACGUGUUUGUGGAUGUUUCUCUGUAGUUGAUACUGAUGCUUUGCUUGUUAUUUGCACUAGUUAAUAUGAGGCCAAUCAUGUGACGUGUUGGCUCGUGUAUGCAUCUGAAUGUGAGUGUGGUGGGAGUGUGUGGUGAGCUUAUUAAUAAGAGAUUCAAAUAACUCUAACUAUAAAUUUCUAAUAUACAAACAUUUAUCAAUUAUUUAGUCAACAUUCAUCUGACGUGUAUUUAUUUAUGGAGAGGGAAGCCACUGUAUGGUUGUCAAUUGUAAAUCUGUUCAAUUGCAAAUUCUGAGAUGGUGGAAAUAUCAGGGAAUUGACAAACAAAUGGCGGCUUGACCUAAGAAAGCCUGGGUAAGGUCAAGGUAGUCUUUGAAUUGUGUGUCUCAUUGCCAAUCUCACGAUAUCUCAGGCAGGGUUUAUCAGAUCAGAGAGCAGCCCAGUGGAGUCCUGUUGCAUGACCAAAGAGUUAAAAGACGGGAAUAAUUACAUAAUGCAAUUUCAUCAGGAAGUGCAAAUGGCUGUCCCUCAGUAUCUCAUGUUCUUUUUUUUGUUCUGAAUCAUUCUACAUCUACAUGUCUUAACCUUUGGGUAUUUGGAAAACCAUUAUUGGCUCAAUGUUCAUGUUAAUGUGGGCAACGUUUGAGCGAAAGUCAUUUCUUAAGGGAAUUCAUUGUGUAAAUCACUGCACUCUGUCUAACAGAGGACCCUCUGCUAUAUUUACGGAGCCUGUAUGUUUUCAAUAAACUAUUGGUAUGUCUGCAAUGACAGGUCAGAAGUUUAAUGUUAUGCCUGGUUGAUAUUAUUAACAAACACAUUCCUGGAUUUACUGGGAGUGAGCACCAAAGUCCUUCUCCCACAUUAAAAGCACAAACAUGAAAAAUGUUUAGACAAUGUACUGCUCUCUACAUAACAUACAUGUUGCCUGGUGUUUGCUUGUGUUCAGAGGCAAAGAAGAGAACAGCAGCAGCAGCUACAGGCCAGUUUAUGUCUCUAUUGCCUGGCCUCGGCCUCUAUGAAAUGCCUAUAUUUGGUCAUUUCUCAUUGAAGGCUUGCUCUGCAAGUCAUUCCUUUCUUGUUCCUAAUAAUGGGCUUUGUGCCAUCGGUUUGUCUCUCAACUGUAGCUGCUCCUCUGACCAACAGCACUGAUCUCAGAUGGAGAAAAAAGGAAAGGGGGUGAAAUGCAAAUGUGACGACAGAAAAUAGGUUUGCAGUGUGUGUGCGGUGUAAUCCAUGCCUUGUACGUGCAGAACACCCAUUUUUCAUUUGAUCGAAAGUAGAUUCCUAAUCAAAAUAUACACAUCAUCAUUUCCACACAGUAAUCUGGGGCUUUUAUGGCCCCCGUGGCUCCUGUGGGUGCUACCCAUUUUGAUAUGUUGGUAAAUCAGCCUUGCACUCCAGAAAAAAAGUGUUUUUGUUUAUUAUUUGCAUCAAUAAAUUCCAAAAGAAAGGCUAUGUUUUAAUGUAAUUGAAUGUUUACUCUUGUCUUGUGGCUUUUCCAGAGGAGAUUUAACCCAAUCACAACGAUGUUCCUCAUAAUGUAAAAAAAACUAAACAAAUAGUCAUCAAAUUAUUAUUAUCUUUUCUGACUCUAAAUGUUAUAUCUCAAUGUUUUUGGUUUUGCUGUUUUUCACUCAGUACCCUCCAGCAGAGAGACCAAGUAUCUUAUCUAAAGUAUCUUAAGAUAUGCCUUUUUUCAGUUGUUUAUGUUCUCUGUUAUUCUUUCAAUCUAUUGUUUCUGUAUUUAAUGCUUUUAAAAUAAACAACCUUAUUUUGA